GUCGCUUAAAACUUGAGUGCACUGAGCAUGCAAAAGCAUGUGCAUAUAUAUAGUGAUCUUAUCUAGCAACGAUUUUUCAACGUCAAUCAGUGAACGGCGACGUUCACACAUUCACAUACAGCACUACCACACCCGCGCUACCAACCCUCCUACCCCAUCACAUCACCCACCCCUCCGCUACAAAAAAAUUAAUACCAAGCUCCACGCCACCCCAGCAUAUAAACCCGCUCCGCCAUCUCCAAUCCGGCCUCUGGGUCACAGUAGUCUAGUUAAAAACAACCAAAUACCAAUAACAUUGAAGCCUGCAACUUUCGGGCCCAGGCGUUCAGUGAUCCAUUGUUAUGACGGUCUGAGUUCGAGUUCGAAUCCGGGAGUUAGCUCAUCAGCGCGACUUUGCAGGUUCUUCGGUGUUCCGUUCCAAGGUCGUUGCGUGUUUGCAUCUGGGAGCCACAGCGCCGUCUACACGUGCUGAGGAAACUAGCCGUAGCCGGCGAGUUUGUAGGGGCUUUUGGGCGCCGACUUUUUACUUCGUGCGUUCUUUUUGCUGCUGUG